AUGGCGGCUCUGGAACAACUUGAGGAUUUGCAGGUUCGUCUUCUCCGCCUGGCUCCAGAACGGGACCGUGGAAGCGACAUAGCAUCACGCAGUAGCGAAGGAGACACCUCUGGCCGAAGUUCUGACAGACCCCAACAGAAGACCCCUAUCACCACCCCUCAGCCAGAGGUGCCGACGGUCACGACGAGGAGAGGAAGUAUGUACGAAGGAGCAUCAGAAGACGAGAAUGAAAGAGAAGAGGAUGAGGAGAGUGACGAAGAUGAAGAGGAGGAAAUGCAGCAAAAUGGAGGGGAUAUGCUCAAUGGUACCUCCUCUUCUAGCUCUGCAAAG